UCAGGUUGAAGUAUUAGCAGACAGGAUUGUAUGAACUGCAUCUUUAAAUCUAGAAUUAUAAUUGUGUAUUACUCAGGAAUAAUUGUAAUUUAUUGAGUGAACAGUUUCAGUAGUUUGAAAACAUAUGGAUAAUGAGUCUAACAUUGCCUACAUAACCCUAAGUGGGUAUGUAGAAAUGAACAAAUACAGGUAUUUGUAUUUUACUGUUUUGUUUAUUGUAUAUGUUUUAAUAAUCUGUAGUAAUUCUACUAUUGUGUAUAUUAUCUGGACAGACAAGGACCUCCAUGAGCCCAUGUACAUUUUUAUUGCUGCUUUGUUAUUUAACUGUGUUCUGUACAGCACUACAGUUUACCCAAAACUCCUGAUAGACUUCUUAUCUGAAAAACAGAUCAUAUCAUAUUCUGCCUGUCUCUUUCAGUUUUUUACAUUUUAUUCUGUAGGUGCUACAGAAUUCUUACUGUUGGCAGCCAUGGCUUUUGAUAGAUAUGUGUCCAUAUGUAAUCCUCUGAGAUACCAAGCUAUCAUGACUAAGGCCACUGUCACUUCCUUUCUGAUUCUUUCUUGGAUUAUACCUUUUAUUCACCUUGGAGCUGAGACCUUUUGGAGUGCUAAAGCUAAAUUAUGCAGCUUCAAUUUAAAAGGAAUAUUUUGUAAUAAUUCUAUUUUCCCACUUCAGUGUGUCAAAUCAAGACUAAUUACUAUAAUGGGGCUUGUUUCUUUAGUUUAUGUUGUAAUACUUCCAAUUCUUUUCACAAUUUUUACGUAUACCAAGAUAUUAAUAAUAUCAUUUGAAAAAGGGAAAGCUUUCAGGAGAAAGGCUGCUGAGACCUGCAUACCCCACUUGUUGGUUUUAAUCAUUUUUUCUUAUUUAGCUAUAUAUGGUAUAAUUAUAGCUCGUGUGGAGUCUGACCUUUCUGAAACUGUUCAGUUUGUAAUGACGCUGCAACUACUGGUUUACCACCCUUGGCUUAAUCCAUUCAUUUACGGUCUAAAAAUGAAAAAGAUUUAUAAACGAUUAAAAUUCUCCCAUCUAACCAUAGUGUAGAUUGAUGUUGGCACUUUUGUACAGUUUUAAGUAUAAGUGAGGGUUUACAAUGUACUAUCUAUAUUCCUUUAUCUUUUAAUGUUGUUCCUUUGUGUUACUGUGAUAGCUGCGCAUAACUGGGGCUGGGUAAAUAUUUUUCGAUACCACAACUUCAAAUAUACCUGGUAUAUGUAUAAUUUUUUAAGUAAUGAAAGUUUUUUUAAUUAAACCAAACAAAAACACAGCAAACUUUUAGUGCAAACUGUAAAGGCAUAGUAUUUCAAUAUUUGUAAAUAAGUAAAAAGGCAGUAUUUACAUUUUCAUGCUAAAUAAAACUUAACAGUACAAAGAUAAAGUGGGGACAUUUUUUCUUUGGUGUAAAAUACAGAAACGUCUACUCUUAACUAAAAUAAAAAAAACGUUUGGAUACCAAAUCAAUAAACAAAUAAAAACACUGCUUAAAAAAGAGGCAAAAAACUGAGUAAAAUAAAUAUGUACACUAUAUAAACAUGAGUCCUAGCAGUUUUUCUUCAGGAAAAAUUAGCGUGUCUCCAUUUUAUGGCAGCAGCCAGGCUCUUUCUCGACUGAUUGUUUCCUUGGAAUAAAAAAAAAAAAGUGAGCUCAACUGAUCUUGAGGAUGCUUGAACACAGUGGUACCUUUUGGCCAAACUAGAGCAGGGGUGUUCAAUCCUGGUAUCUUGCACAUUUUAAUUUUAACUUUUUCAACAGGCCUGAUUCCAAUUAGCAGGUGAUUCAUAGGCUUCAGUAGAGCCUAAUGAGCUGCUUCACAGAUGAUUCAACUACUGAAAUAAGCAGAGAAACCGCUAAAACAUGCUGGAUACCAGCCCCCCAAGGACCAGAAUUGAAUUGAGUACCCUAUAGCGUAUUGGUAAACUGGCCUUCAUAUUCCACUACCACUCAAUAGGGUUAAUGCUUGAUGAUGAAAGGAGAUUCCUGUACAGUUUCAGCUUUGCCUAAAGCUGAUCUAUUGCCUUAAUUUGCAGAAACUGCUUCUAAAAAAAAGCUCCUCAAGAGCUGAAAGCCUGAGUUGCUUUAGUUUGUAUUGUAACGGAAAUAAAGUGAGUAACUAUCUAAAGUUGUAUUUUAAUACACUGUUAGUAGUUCACUUUUUAUAAACAGAAGAAUAGGCUGUUUUUAUCAUCAGGGAGUUUAAUUAAACACUCUGUAUCAGGGACGAAAUUUUGAUAUCAGAAGUGGGGGGGACACAGCAGGCUUGUGCGGAUUUGGGGUGGGGGGUGUUAUGUAAAGACCCCUUGACACGUCACGUGCCCAUCUCAAUAAUUUUUCCAUCCUCUAUAUAUAUAUCAAAGUUAAAAAAUGUACAACUCUAUUAUUAUUUUUAUUUAUUAUCAUUAUUGAAGUGCAGUUUUGGCUGUUGACAAUGGAUAGGCCAUUGUAUUUAUUGUUUUGGGUCUUUUUUUAUUGUUUUUGGUGCAACAUUUUCUAACAGGGAGUGAGAUUCCUUUUUUAUUCAAUUUUUGUUUGUUAUUUUUAUUCAUUUAGAAGUUCUGGUUCUGGACAUUUCAAUGUUAAAUGAAGGUUUAUUUGUUGCAUUUUAAAGGGUGUACUUGCAUUAUUAUGAUAUAUUAACAUUAUAUUAGUGGUUAUUUUGGUCUAGAUAAUGUUGACAGUAUCGUUUAUCAUCAACAAUUUGUUGGACAAAAUAUCGUCCAGCAAAAUUUGUUACAUUCCCAGGCCUAGUCAAAAGUAUAAAAAUUAUUUAUACAUAAACGGUCCCUCCUGAGAUCUGGCCGUUUGUUCAUUUGCUGUGUUAGAGGACAUGCUGAACUAAUGUUUUACACAUGAUCAUCACCCUAACAUUUGAGUGUAUAAAAACAUAUUAAAUAUGUUUUUUCCCUUAAAAGUGUUUAAACAGUUGUUGCAUUUCAACACACAAAAAAUAAAUGGAAAAAAUAAGAUAAAUCUAAUGAAAAGUGUACAUCUUUGACAUUAAGCUUAAAAAAAUCUGUUGACGAUGAUGAUACUGUUCAUUUUUCAGAGCUUUUUAAUGUGAAAAUAUACAUUGCAAUAGAUAAGUUUACAAUAAAGUUAAAUGAUAAAAGUUUUGAAGUUACACUUCUACUACUACUAGUAAUAAUAAUUAUGAUGAUAAUAGUAAUAAUAAAAAAAUAAUUAUUAUAAUAAUACGAACAAAUUGUGUCUGAGGAGUCAGUUAUGUGGAGGAGAUGAGUUUGUAAAAGUUAGUUUUGAGUAUGUGUGUGAAGGAGGAGGUGAGUCUGAGCUUAAUGCAGGGGUGUCACAUGUCCAACUUACGUUUUGACUUUGAAAGACGUCUCUUAUAUCCACUUUUCGUUUUCUUGACAUGCUGCCUCCUGGCUGUGCCUAACUACCAAAGACUCACAAAUGAACACUUAUUCAAAUGUUAUGUAAUGGAAGCUGAGCUGAGCUCUGAUAUUACACAGCGUCUAGUUGACGAUGUGACUCAGUACCGGUGUUCCCUAGCGGCUCCAAACUAGCAAAACAACGUGAGCACUUUCUGACUGUUUCCAACUUGAGUGACAGCAGCAACAGCCAAUAAUACGUUAGCAAGUAUCAGCAGAGCCAAUAGAUUAGCUUUUGGGCGGGUCUAAUAGUAAACCGGUUUCCGUUUCGGUCCUAGUGCUCAACCAAAUCCAUUUAAUGGAGCGUAACAUUGUUUUUGGACGGAAAAAAGUGCAGGGGACCAAAACUGCCUUUUGAAAAAGUGGGGGGGACAUGUCCCACCCGUCCCCCCCAAAAAUUACGUCCCAGCUCUGUAUUGACUUUGAGACAAGAAAAGAGAGAGAUAUGGGAUCGUUUGAAAAUCUUUAAUUUCUGAAUUAUAAAUUCUAAACAAUCUACCAGGACUACUCUGUGAUGGAUGAGAAUGGAUUCGGAUGUUGUGUUGGUGUGUGUGUGUGUCUGGUUCAGAUUCUCUAGGAUGACGUAAUCGAAUCUGGUCGUCUUUGUUAUGACUAGAUAUUACGAGGCUUAUAAAGUGAUGACAUGAGCCGCUAUUUUGCCGUGUACGUACCCAGUGGGGUCUCCCAGGUAGAUCAGGAAAUGCCAGGUCUGGAAACCUCGGAUGUACGGUGGAGCUGUCGGUGCAGCGAUCACAACGUUUCAAAGCCCGUCUGGAGGGUCGACCCGGUACCGUUCAGCGGCGUCAGCAGGUGCUCUUAUUUUGAAAGGACGUCGUCUGGUUGUUAAACGACGAAAAUCUCCCGUUUCACAGUUCUUAGUUUAAAGAAAUCACAUCCGGCCAGGCUGCGCUUGUCUUUAGGAUGAUGGUGAAUAGAACUGAAGUCAAAAUGGAACUAACUUAAAAUGGCGUUG